AUGUCUCUCCAGCCAUUCACCUCUCUGUACCGAUAUGCUGUUGAACCAAUAGCACCAUUUACCUGGUUUGGUACCAAGGUCUCUUCCCUCGAUUUGGUAGCCGUGUUUCGGCUUUGUAUCGCUUUGAGACAGAUGAGGGAAAAUUUGUAUGCUAAACACCAGCGAAGCGCUGGAGAGGAUAGACCUGCACUUGCAGAAGAGAGGUCCUUCGUGAGAGACGCAUGUGCCAUGCUGACGAUUGUAUUUGGAGGGGAGGCUAUCAUAGGCCCUCUCCUUGGUAUUCUGCCAUCUUUCAUGCUCUCCGGUGUUUUUCCUGGAUUGUACAUCGCCGCACAAGCGAUUGUAGAGUAUAUCCCUGUCCUGCCGUCCGCGUCAUUCAGCACCGAGCUUCCUUUAUCCAUUAUCGACGGAUUUACCCGAGCAAUGCUUCUCUGCAGCCUCAUACCACCACCCGUUAUCGCCCACACAUCCCCCGUUAUCGCAUCUUCACCGUGGGCUCUCCUUCUCUCGUCUCUCGUCAUCACCAAUGGCGGCUUUUUCUUAACGAAUAUGUUCUCAUUCAUGGAGCCCACCCCGCUUACACUUACGACUCCCGAUGAGCUCAAGCCCUAUGGCUGGACAACCACCGACAUCUGGUCUGCCCCGUUUAUCACGGGGCUCUAUGCCCUCCUCACACAUGCCCAGCCGUUCUGGGCCGAGUUGCACAGUGUAAUUUCGACUGUCCUCGGAGGUGCUGGCAGUAAAGUUGAUCCUAUGGAUGCAGAGUCUGCCCGUGCGCUGUGCGCGCUAAUCCUCGCAGCAUUAUUCUCCACCCGCACUGCGAAGAACUUUGGGCUUAUCUGGAAGAAGAUGUACGAGUGGUCCAGCGGUCCAGGUUGGUUGCUAGACGUUCCGAAUUAUUUCAGCUUGCCACUUGGUGCAAGCAUGAGACUGCCACCUCUAAGUGGGUACAAAUUUGGUGCAUAUCCCGCUGUGAUACUGUUCUCGUUCAGUACAGCAGGAGCACUAGUGGUGUAACCUUUCUGGCAUAUAUUGACCUUAGGUUCAUUUAACAGUUCCUUGCGUAGUUCAAGUCCAAGCUGUGUUCCCGUUGACCGGAUCGCCCGUCGAAGCGCCCGCAUUUGAUCAGGUGCUUGCGACGAUAAGUCGACGAUUUUCAGAUCGUUGAAUUAUCGUCGGAAUGAUUCCUUAA